GUAGCAACUAACUGGAGCUGAAAAAGGAGCUGAAAUUACUUCAAAAUGUCACCAAAAGCGAAACAAAGUGUUGGAGUCUCUUUCCUUUGGCCUCUCCCAGGCGGAGCUUCACCGUUCUGCAUAAAACAAGAGAGAGAGGUUCUGCUGUGGAAACGGCCGGGUCCCUCCGCUCCUCCAUCUGAUCUGCAGCCUUCCUCCUCCUCUUCAUCCUCCUCCUCGUCCUCCUCCAGCACCAUGGAGAGCUCCGGGCUGCUCCAGGCGCUGCUGCUCCUCAGCCUGCUGUGGUUCCGGUGUCACGGCCAGGCGCCACCGGACGUCUCCCCAGACGACCUCCAGGAUGAGAAACUGGACCCAGACCUGGUGGAAGCUCUGGAGGUUCUGCUGGGUCGGAUCCACAGCCGGGUUUCGUCCGCAGAGAAACGAGGGAUGAUCCCGCUGUGCGGGACGGGGGGCCGCUGUGCCGUCAAGUUUGGCCCUCGCAUCGGGAAGCUCUGCGACUGCGGAAGAGGCAGCAACUGCAACUCCUACCUGCUGAAAUGCAUCUGAGGAGGAGCAUUUGUUUCUCCUGACUUCCUGCAGGGCUGAACAUCCUUCAGCUUCCAGCCCAGUCGGCCAAUUACCGUCCACAUCCGCCGUCAUUCGUCUUCCUCUGUGCGUUGCUGCUGCCGCUGGAGGACUAGCAUGUGUUCUCUCUCCUGACAGCGGCCUGAAGCAUGCAGAUGCUUCCCGUCCAAUAAACCCACAACAUGCACACCA